AUGGAGUUUACCUUCGUGGGCGUGACCAACCUGAGCGUGCUGGAGCGCGUCCUGGAGAGCGAGACGGUGUACCUGGAGCUGGUGCAGGAGGAGACGUCAGGGGAGUCGGUGCUGGCGGUGUUCGAGUCCUCCGUGCGCGACCUCCUGUUCCCGAGGCCGGCGGAGAGGCUGUCGUACUCGGGGGUGGACCUCGAUCUGCUCAUGGAACCCACCAGGACUUCCCGGGAAUUAUUUCACCGAAGAUCGAGGUGUCGACGAGAACGAGCGUCAGCGAGACCAGGACGCCGCUCCACCAGUGCGAGCAGGACACCGUCAGCUUCGGACACGCGCAGAACCGGGCGACGAAGGCGGUGUUCCGGCCGAAGUCUCCUGACGAAGGAAGGAAGGGCGACGGCGGCGGUUCGAGUGAGGGCGGCGGCGGUGGCGGUGGCGGCGGCGGUGGAGGGGCGUUGGUGCGGGGCGAGGAGGAGCCGCUGCCCUUGCAGACGAGCCCCAGGCACGGUGAGGCGUCCUGCAGGUCUCGCUCCUCUCCUUAUUCUGACCAUUAAUCAAGUGAAUUGCUGGACCUCCUCCUCACCCACAGGCGAGAGCAGCAGGGGCUCUGGGAGACGAGACGAGGGCCCGAGACCGCGCUUUGUGUACCGUCGCCCCGAUGACGAUCUCCUCUCCCGUAUCCCUUCGUCGCCCACUAGGAACAACAAGUACCUUGGUAUCCGCAGUCGGUACCUGUCUCGGAGCACCGGCAACCUUAGCGACAUGCCCCGCACCGCUCUGCCCAGCAGAUACGGCAGCCGCCAGGGGAGGACGGACUCGGGAGGAGGCUUGGCGAGGACGUCGAGCGAGACCGAAGGAGGCGGGGGAGGCUACACGCACCCGAGGAGGAGGGCCAAGGACGACCUCGGCCACGACGCGCACGUGACUCUCGUCGAGCCUGAGCGGUGUCCCCACUGCGACGGCGAGCACGGGGCCGAGUCCUGCACCACCUGCCGCACCUACCACCGCUACUUCCCCCGGCCGUCACGCCCUCGCGCCCACGCCCACGCCUACCACACCAACAACCCGCAGGCCGCCCUCAAGGUGCUGCGCCAGCCCGGCCGCCGAGACCUGCGUCCGAGGAAGCGCUACCUGGCCGAGAUCGAUGGCGCCCUGCAUGGCGAGGCCCUCCGCCACCCCCGUCGGGCGCGGUCCCUCUCGCCGCAGCGCCGCCCGACGUCGGCUCCUCCAGACCGCCUCGACCUCGGCCACAGCAGGUCACGCAAGGACGACGACGACGACCCUUCGGCUGACGAGGACGAGCACGAGUCCAGGUCGCAUUCCAGGUCGAAUUCCCGAUCCAAUUCCCGGUCGCCGUCGCCGCCCGCCAGCCACGCCUCGGCGCCGGCGACCAUGACGCGGCGGCGACAGCGCUCCUACAGACGGCCUCUCACCCCGAGCUUCCGGCGGCGCCAUGACGACUCCGACGACGAUCUCUAUGACGACCUCUACAUCCCCAGGAGGUACUACCACCACCACUACCCCUGGGAGGACUGUCCCCUGUGCUACCCGGACUACCCUUAUCUCCCACGAUACCCGCAUCUUGCCCGGUACUACCACGCCCAUGCCCUCCCCACUCCCACCGCUAGCCCCCCUCCCACCGUCACCGCCGAUGACGUCACGCCACCACCACCGAUGACGUCAUAUCACCACCACCUCCGAUGA